AUGGCUUCCCUGGGGCAGGUCAUCUUCUGGAGCAUUAUUAGCAUCAUCAUUAUUCUGGCUGGAGCAAUUGCAUUUAUCAUCGGUUUUGGUAUUUCAGGAAGACACUCCAUCACAGUCACUACUCUCACCUCAGCUGGGAACAUCGGGGAGGAUGGCAUCCUAAGUUGCACUUUUGAACCUGACAUCAAACUUGCUGAUAUCGUGAUACAGUGGCUGAAGGAAGGUGUCAUGGGCUUGGUCCAUGAGUUCAAAGAAGGCAAAGAUGUCCUGUCAAACCAGGAUGAAAUGUUCAGAGGCCGGACAGCAGUGUUUUCUGAUCAAGUAAUAGUUGGUAAUGCCUCUCUGAGGCUGAAAAAUGUACAACUCACGGAUGCUGGCACCUAUAAAUGUUACAUCAUCACUUCUAAGGGCAAGGGGAAUGCUAACCUCAAAUAUAAAACUGGAGCCUUCAGCAUCCCAGAGGUGAACGUGGACUAUAACGCCAGCUCGGAGAGCUUACGAUGUGAGGCUCCCCGAUGGUUUCCCCAGCCCACAGUGGUCUGGGCAUCCCAAGUUGACCAGGGAGCCAAUUUCUCAGAUGUCUCCAACACUAGCUUUGAGCUGAACUCUGAGAAUGUGACCAUGAAGGUUGUGUCCGUACUCUACAACGUCACAAUCAACAACACUUACUCCUGUAUGAUUGAAAACAACAUUGCCAAAGCCACAGGGGAUAUCAAAGUGACAGACUCUGAGAUUAAGAGGCGAAGUCACCUACAGCUGCUGAACUCAAAGGCUUCCCUGUGUGUCUCUGCUUAUUCUGCCAUCGACUGGGUACUCUUGCCGCUCUGCUUUUAUCUGAUGCUAAAAUAA